CUGCCCGCUGCCACUGGAGCGGCUCCUGCCCAGACCACGGAGCAGCUGGACACAGGAGUGGACUGGCUGAGCAGAUUUGGAUACCUCUCUCCUCCAGACCAAGUCACUGGGCAGCUCCAGACCAAGGAGGCCCUGACCAAGGCCAUCAAAGCCAUGCAGAGGUUUGGAGGACUGAAGGAGACUGGAGUCUUAGACCAGGCAACAGUGGGGCUGAUGAAAACACCCAGAUGUUCUCUGCCAGAUGUUUCUGAGACCGAGGCGACAACGCAAGGUCGCAGGAAACGCAGUGUGAUCGUUCAGAACAAAUGGAACAAAAGGCAUCUGUCCUGGAGAGUGAGGACCUUCCCUAAAGAUUCAGCCAUAUUGGGCAGGGACACGGUGCGAGCCCUCAUGUACUACGCCCUGAAGGUCUGGAGUGACAUCGCACCUUUGAACUUCCACGAAGUGGCCGGCAGUGACGCAGACAUUCAGAUAGACUUCACCAAAGCUGACCACAACGAUGGAUACCCCUUUGAUGGACCAGGGGGCACCGUGGCACACGCCUUUUUCCCCGGAGAGAGGUUUACGGCCGGGGAUACGCACUUCGAUGACGACGAGGCGUGGACCUUCAGAUCUCCAGACUCCCAUGGGAUGGACCUGUUUGCAGUUGCGGUCCACGAGUUUGGCCACGCCAUCGGCUUGGUCCACACCUCAGCCAUGGAGUCCAUUAUGAGACCGUAUUACCAGGGUCCUGUAGGAGACCCUCUGAAAUACGACCUGCCCUAUGAAGACAAGGUCCGAGUCUGGCAGCUGUACGGAGUGAGAGAUUCCGUGUCACACACUCAUCGACCAGUCGACCCCUCACAGACAGACGAGCCCCCCGUCCUGCUGGAUCUGCCUGAAAACAGAUCAACCUUCUUGUUGGCUCAGGACGCCCCAGACAGAUGCACCAGUCACUUUGACGCUGUGGCACAAAUACGUGGGGAGGCUUUCUUUUUCAAAGGGAAGUAUUUUUGGAGGUUGACUCGAGAGAAGCAUUUAGUGUCUCUCCGUCCGGCUCAGAUCCAUCGAUUCUGGAGAGGCCUUCCUCCCAAUCUGGACAGUGUCGACGCUGUGUACGAGCGACCAGGAGACCACAAAAUAGUGUUUUUCAAAGGUCUGAAGUACUGGGUCUUUAAAGACAACAUCGUGGAGGAGGGUUACCCUCGUCAAAUCACUGACUUUGGUUUACCCUCGGAGGGAGUGGACGCAGCUUUUGUUUGGUUACACAACGACAAAACUUACUUCUUCAAGGACAACCAGUACUGGCGCUACGACGACCAUCUGAGACACAUGGACCAGGGGUACCCUAAAGACAGCACGCUGUGGAAGGGGCUGCCCCCAAACCUGGAUGAUGCCAUGAGGUGGUCGGAUGGCUCAUCCUACUUUUUCAAGGGUAAGGAGUACUGGCGAGUACCUGGCAGUGGCAUGGAGGUGGAGCCAGGAUACCCCCGCCUCAUCGCCAAAGACUGGCUCCUGUGCACAGAGAUGCAGUCGGACUCUCCAGACACAGAGCUCAAAAUAACAGAGACGAGGGUCAACGUUCACCUUCACCCCGACCACGCGGAGAACGGGUACGAAGUUUGCUCCUGCACCUCCGACACCGCUUCGCCUUUGGGUGCCCGCCCCUCGUUGUCCCCCAUCUGGCUGUUACCCCCACUGUGGACGCUCUUGAUGGCCCUCCACUCUGAAAUACUAUGAUGCCAAAGCUUGGGACUAAGUUGUCAGGUUUGGUGCAAUGCAGAGAUUAUUAAACUGGAAGCGGGAGGACGCGGGGGGGGGCAGGGGGACACACAGCCCUAGAUAAAACUGUUUGUUUAUAUUAAUAUCAAUUGGUAUGUUUUGUUGCUGUUUUUGUUGUUGUUGUUAUUUAUUUCUCAUGCCACUCAUUGCUUUGCUCGAGCACCUUUCUGUUUGAAAAGUGCAUUGACUUCUCACAUCAGUCGUUCUUUGGUGUUCCCAGAGGCCGUCAACUUCCUUAAUACUCUCACACAAAAUCACAAUUUUGUUGCUUAGAAUCUUGAAUUACUAUUUUGUCUCUGCAAAGGAAUAUAAUGUGAAGUAGAAUAGUACCAGUACUGAGCACCAGUUGACCGAUCCCUAAGUUCUGCCUCCUUACUCUGCUUGUGUUAUGCUCCAUCGUGCUUAUGGAGCUAGCGUGGUGCUCAUUUGCUAACUGUACUCCAAGGAGAAGUAUGUAAGAGUCAAAUUUGGAGGGCUAUAGUGUGGAGUUAAAGCUACAGUGCAGACAGAUUUACUUACAUUAGGAAGGUCACCUGUUUGCUGCUUCGAUCCUCUAUCUUUCAGUAUGGAGUUUGCACGUGUGUUUAUCUCCAGGGGCUCCAGUUCUCUCCAACAGUCCAAAAACAUGCGGAAAAGGGUUAAUUGACCAUUGGUGUGAAUGUGAGUGUGAAUGGUUUUUUGUUUCUUUGUACAGCCCUUCAACAGCCACGAAAACCAUCCAGGUUUCUACCCCACCUUCACCUGAUGACUGCUGGGUGUGGCUGAGACCCCUUGAAAAGGGUUUGUCACACAAGCACAGGCCCUACACUUUUUGGUCUUUCCAAAUUAACACCAGUUGGCAUCAUAGCGAGUGGUAUCGCUGCCCCCCCACUGGGUCGAUUUGCCACUGAUCAACAUUUACAGCUAUACACAUUUUGAUCAUUGCCAUAGGAAGAAAAAAGAGAGAACAACGACAGAGGGCAGUAUAUAACCAUAUCAUCUAUUGUCUUAUUUUUAGGAAAUUUCUGCCAAAUUUAUCUUCAAAAGUAUUUCAGCGUUUAAGGAAAUCAUUUACUUUGUUUCGGAUGAAAUGGUUGCUAAAGCAUUGUCUGUUUAUAAAAUACAAAGUGACCUUCAAGUUCAGCCAACAUGUUGUUCAGUCACUCACUGAACUCUACAAAUCAGAAAGAAUAAAAAGGCUUAAUUUAUCCAUUUAAUACUUAAAUCUGUGAUUCUCCUCCCAUAAGCUGAUCCUGUCCUUCCUCUAAUGCUUCCCUUCUUCUUCUUUUGUACUGAUUUUAACAGAAGUCAACUUAAAAUGCUUUGAUUUCCUCCCAAAACACAUCAUCGUAGUUGAAGUUUAAGUCGGAUGAAGAGGAGGAUAAUAAUAAUUCUAUCAACAUAUUUAUGAGAUGGAUUUUUUCACCUAUUGUCCGAAAAGAUUGCUCGGUGUUUAACUAAAGGAAAAACAGAGAUCUCGGAUAAAAUAUGUAAUGUAUUCCUAAAUACUUUGUAUUUAAACAUCUAAAAAAAACCUCUCUCAGGCGUCUCCAACAUCUUUGACAAGUUUUAUCAUCGCAUCUGUGUCAAGAGUUUUGUUGAUUAUGUUUAUCAACCCUAAAAGAAUGAACCCAGCCAAUCUAGUUGACUUUUUGAUUCUGAACAUUGGAUGAAAUGACCCGGAUGAAUGAAAACCAUCAGAGAUUUUUCAACGACUCUAAAUGGAAACCUGUUAAAAUGAUGAAAGAUUGUAUUUCUACUGCCGACGGAAACACGAGUCGCAAAAGUGUUUGAACUGGAAACACGCAGAGAUAUUGCUUUAUUCAUGUCUAGGUAUUUUCAUAUGAGUAUUUUGUCAAUUUGUCUUUCUGACAGCUCACCUUUGAGUCUGUUUGUUGCCUCAUUUUCAUCCAACUUUCACCAAGAAACUCUUUAGAUGGAAGCUCAUUCCCAGUAAUGUCAGAAAUGUUGCUUUAAAUAGCACCUGCCAAGUAGAGACUUCUGCCAAGCUGUCUAAUGCCUACCAGCAUGCAGUGCUGACAUCAGAACAAGGUUAUAGUCCUGACCAUGGUCGGGGUUUUGGUCCAUCAAUCAGAGACAGGGGAACAGUAUUUAAGCCGGUCUGACAGGAGGAGCUGCCUAAAAAGACUCAAACCGCGGCUAACGACCGACACUGGAGAAGUGGAUACUGUAGUCGGACAGGUGACUGACAACCUGGCAUGAAUCAAGGCAGACAGGUGAAAAGCACCAUGGGAGGUAGUCUAGCCUGUAUUGAUGGUUGGGUUUACAGAUGAAUGGCCCCAUGGGGUGCAGGGAGGAAGACACAUGAAAGACCUGCUGGGAUGUGGACAGGUAGAUGAAUAGCUAGCAGGAGCUGCUAACGGAUGGACGGCGGAGAUACUAUCCAGUACCACUACAUAGGGAGAAGUGCAUGCUGGAAUGUUGGAAGCAGGACAGGGAAGAGACUUCCUGUUAGAGCCACGCUACCACACUUUCCUGCUCAACGUCGUCGUCUUAACUUAAAUCUCUCACAGUUUCUCCCAGGUUUUUAAAGAAAAGCUGACGGUCUUGUUGUAUUUUUCUAAUCCAUAAUAAUAGAAUGUUACUACACAUUACUUUGAGUCACAUGAUCAUCCGCCCUCCACCAGAUCUACAGUAUUCUUGCAUUUAUAUUUACCUACACUUUAAAUAUAGACAAAUAUAUUUAAGUUUUGAGAUGUUCCAUGGUUACUGCAAAAAAAAAAAAAAAACAACCUGAGUGGAUUGUGUAUAUUUCAAGCUGUGGUUUUUCUAAUGUAAAAUAUUUUUGUAGAAAAAAAAUAAAACACUCUAGACGACCGCUGCCUCCGUGUGGUCACUGGUGUUUGGGUAAUAUUCGUAUUUAUACAGUAAUUAUAUAUUUAAUGUCAUCUGGACAAUUUUGCAAAUUCUAGUUAAAGUAGAACCUUACCUAAAAUUGUAACGUUUUUGUGUUUAACAUGUUUUCAUGAUUUAUAAAUGGUUUCUUUUGCCUUUCUUUGUAUUGGUUGAUUAAAUACAAUGCAAUUUUGGCAAGUGUUAGCUUGUUUUGCUAUGGUGAGCUACAAAGUUUUUGUUUUGGCUAUUUUAUGUCCUUUUCUUUUUUUAUUUCUAUGUUGUUUGAAUUGCAGGCUAGUUAGCUAACACACUGGCAAAUUACUUUGCAAGAAUUUCUGCCGCAGUACUCCAUUAUUUUCCCGACCCUGGUUGCUUCUGUAUUUCUAGUUCAGCUGUAGAAGUAAAGACUUUUGACUUCGGGCAUUUCAUUUGUACUCGACACACUCAAUCAUUGUCGACUCAGACUGAAAAUAAAUGGGACACGACUACAACGGCGUUCCGUUCAGUUGUUCGGAACCAAUCUUCACUUUGUUAAACAACAUCAACGACAGCAAUGUCUGCUCUCAGUUCACUGUUAAAUAUUCUGUUGACAGUCACUUUUUCAAUUCUGUAAUUGCGUACACAAACAUAACUAUUUUGUUCUGGUGUAAUAGGUUUUUUUUUUUGUUUCCUUUUCUUCCAAUGUUUUUCUCCCGGCUUAGUACAUGAAAAAAACAAAUUCAUUGUGAUUUCCUCAGCAUUUCAACUUCGUUUCUUUCCGCAGUUCAGAGUGCGACACCACUCAGAACAGCAAUUUUCCUUUACUUCUCCU